AUGGGCUUCCACUCAUUCGCCCCGCUCGCGGUACUUAUAACAGCGCUGUUUCUACUGCAGGUUCACUGCAGCCCUGCGGCAUUUCAAAAACGCGGAAUCUGCGCCACCGAAGACCCAGAUGCAUCCUUUCUGAGCGCCCUCCAGCAGGUUCGAGGAGAUGAAUCUCAGGCCGACGAGGCCGGCACCGAGGCCCGUACGGGGCCCAUCGAGAUCGAGACUUGGUUUCAUAUCAUCAGCAGCAGAGCGGAGCGGAACCAGGUCACUGAUAGUAUGAUCAAUUCCCAGGUGAGAGAGUGCCCUCCUAGUCCCAUACGCUCCUGCGAGGGAUCCAACAGACUACCACUUCCUGAUUCCUAUAUCCGAAACAUUGAACAACAUUUUGUUUCUAACUCCUCCAACCAGAUCUCUAUCCUUCAAGACGCCUACGCCGAUGCCUCAAUCCAUUACCAUCUCGUCGGCGUCACACGACACGUCAACGACAACUGGGCCCGCAACGUCGACGACGUCGCCAUGAAGACGGCCCUCCGCAAAGGCACCUACCGCACGCUGAACGUCUAUUUCCAGACAGACCUCCAAGCUACGCCCGACCAAGCCGGCCGCAACGGCCCCCGCGACCUCGUCUCGAGCGUACUCGGCUUCUGCACCCUGCCAGACCCGACGGUGAACGCCAGCAGCCCGGCCAGCGUGUACGUCAAGGACGGGUGCAAUGUUCUAGCGCAAACGAUGCCCGGCGGCGUGCUAGACCUGUACAACCGGGGCGGCACAGCAAUACAUGAGAUCGGGCACUGGAACGGGCUACUGCACACGUUCCAAGGGGAGUCGUGCGCGGCGGAUAACCCAGGCGACUACAUCGCGGAUACGCCACAGCAGAGCACGCCGACGGAUGGGUGUCCCGCGCGGAAGGACUCAUGCCCAGGCUUGCCUGGAGUGGACGCCGUGCAUGACUUCAUGGACUACUCGUCUGAUGUGUGCUAUGAGUCGUUUACGCCGGGGCAGAAUGCGCGGAUGCGGAAUAUGUGGGCGUCGAUGCGGGAGGGUAAAUGA